AUGAAGUACGAUGGAACCAAAGACCCCCAGGAACACCUAACGGCCUUUGAGGCCAGGAUGAAUUUGGAAGGAGCCGCUGACGCGGUCCGGUGUAGUGCCUUCCUGGUAACCCUAGUUGGACCUGCGAUUAAAUGGUUCAACGCCCUCCCCAACGGAUCCAUAACCGAUUUCCACGAUAUCUCGUGGAAAUUUAUGGCCCAAUUCACCACUAGAAUCACCAAAGCCAAACACCCCAUCAGCUUGUUGGGAGUCACCCAGAGACAGGAGGAAUCCACGAGAAAGUACCUUGAUCGAUUCAACGAUGAGUGUUUGACAGUCGAUGGACUCACGGACUCAGUCGCAAGCCUCUGCCUAACGAACGGACUCAUGAACGAGGACUUCCAAAAACACCUCACUACCAAACUGGUAUGGACUAUGCACGAGAUCCAAAGCAUCACAAAGGAGUACAUAAACGAUGAAGAGAGUGGCAACAAGGCCUUAUACUGCGACUACCACCGAGGAUACAGACAUAGGACACAAGAUUGCUUUGACUUAAAAGACACCCUUAAGCAAGCUAUACAAGACGGCGAACUCCCCGAGUUCACCAAAAUCAUCAGGGAACCAAGACGCGGAGAAAAAGAAAGAUCGCCAGAAAGAGAAGGACGUAACCCCAGGACACAGAGACAAGGUCCUAGGAAAAACCGUGAAACAGAUCCGACUAUUAUUGUGAAUGUUAUCACGGGAAAAGAUAUCCCGGGGAAAUCAAAAUCAGCACUAAAGAAGGACCUCAAAAUCCUGGCAGUCAAACACCAAAACCCAACCACCACCACCAAUAGAGCAAUAACAUUCUCCCCCGAGGAUUGCCAGCACAGUACCUCAGCAGAAGACGCCCCCUUCGUCAUCUUGGCAAAGAUUGGAACCGGCCUAGUCAGGAGAAUACUGGUGGACACAGGAGCAGACUCCAACAUCCUCUUCAGAGGAGCCUUCGACAAACUCGGACUCCGCAAUGACAACCUCCAUGCACACUGCAACGGAGUAACCAGACUCGGGGAUAACUUCCUCAAGUCGGAUGGUUCCAUCACCCUUCCCCUUACCAUAGGGACGGGAAACCAUAGAAAGACAAUCUUGUAUGAGUUCGUGGUCCUUAAAGACUCCACCGUUUACAACAUCAUCCUCGGAAGGAAAACAAUAAACGAUCUCUCCACCGUCAUUUUUACCAAAUACCUUCUAAUGAAGUUUACGGUAGAAUAUGGCUCCGUCGAAACCAUCCACGGGGAUCGGGAAACCGUGGUAGAAUGUGACAACACCAGCCUAGCCCUAUGA